UCUUAUCCGGAGUUUAGUUGGGCACGCGCAGGGCAGGCAGGCAAGGGGGAACUUGCUGGACGUCUAGGUGGCAAACAAACGAAGUUGUUUUUGGAAACUUCACGGCUCUAAAAUCAACCGCCAUGACUUCGACGAACAUGUUUCAAGGAUUGGACUCCAGCGCAAAACCAAGUUCUAGGGUGUUGCAGCCUCCUGGUGGUGGCUCCAGUAAUCUGUUUGGUGGCUAUGAAGAUGAUGCUGCAGCAUCAAGAAGAACUAAUAAGAUGGCCUCCAAUGUUUUUGCUCCAGCAGAGGAGCCCCAGCCUGUAUCCAGACGCUCCAAUCCACCAGGUGGGAAAAGUAGUGGAAUAUUUGGUGAACCCGAACCUCCAGCUCAAUCACAGAAACCUGUACCUCCAGGUGGACCAACCAGCAACAUAUUUGGGGCUGCAGAGAGUGCAUCUGUCCAAAGCCCAUGCCGAAAUCACCCAAAUAAGCCAAAGGACAAUCUAAGUGUAGGACCUGAGCCUGAAUCACCUGCACCUGCUGAAGCCAAAGUUAGUCAACCAGUGGUGAAGGAAGAAACGGCCUCCCCAGCUCCUGUGUCACCCAAGGAGGAGCCUGCAGCUGUCUCAGCUCCUCCACAGGUUGAACCACCUUCUGUAACUUCUGAGGAGACAUCACUGAAGAACCAUGAGCCUCACCUGGGACCUAAGCCUCGGUCUCAUAACAGGGUCCUCAAUCCCCCUGGAGGAAAGUCUAGUGUGAUAUUCUACUGAUCAGCUGAGCACGCCACAUGCCGUUUGUGUCCUUUCCUGCUCCCUUAUUAAUCUUCACUCAUUCCUACACUUGUCUGCUAAUGUUUGUCUACAAAACUCAAGACCAUAAAUUUUUGUUGUUCACACCAGAUUCCUGGUUUGUUUUGUCUUCAACUUCUUGCACUUUCUGCUCCUUUUCUGACUUCAAAGCUCUGUGUAUGAUUCUUUAUAUUGCUCUUUACUGAAUCCUGCAAUGAUACAAUCACCAACAAGUUAAAUAAGUGGCUAAUGGUUACUUAAUCACAUUGACUGUAACACUGAUAAUCGUCAUUUUGUGGUUGCUUGUUUUGCGUUUUAAGCAUAUAUAGAUGUAGUUUGGUUGAAGCACAAUUUCAAAAUGGCACAACGGUUUUGAAAUUAAAGAAUGGUUAAGAUGUUGGAACUAGUAGCACAUUUAACAUGUGGUUUAGCAAAAAAAAAAUAAUUGAAGAUGUGUUCAAAUGUCAAAUGGCUGCUUGUUUUAAACUGCAAUGUGUAGGCAUUCAGUCAAAAGGGGUGGACAGAUGGUCUCGCCAGUGGUAUGUUAAAUAUUUCAGGGAGUUCAACUUGCGCUACAUGUUUUUGUACAGCCAGACCGAUUUUUAAAUUUGGCAAAAUUGAGAUACUGUACAUGUGUCUGUAUAAUCAGAAGCCUUAUCAGCUUAGCAGUUUUCAUUUUUAUUGCUUUAUUACUUAAAAUGUGUAUAACAGUUUAUUUGCCAUCAAGAGCACAGUCUCCGAAGAUGCAUGCCAAAUAGAUGCCGAAAAAUGGCAAGAUUCGAGACAAUGAUGAAGAUGUUUGCUUCCAAAAAGAAAUUCCAUUCUGAUUUUAUGUGAAUGUUGUGUGCAGGUACUUUUCUGCUUUGUCUUCAUUGCUUUCUUUAUCUGAGAACAUGCCUUUUCAGUUUUGCUUGGGGUAGGCCUGUUUAUGUUUUAAAUUAAAACGGCUGAAGACAAGUGAACUCUGGACAAGCUCGCAGCCUGCCUGUGUCCAGGUGGGCUCAUCGAUAAUCACCUUUUCAUCCACAUCGUGACGCACAUUCAUGGUAUUCUGGUGCCAGCCUGUCCCCUCUGUUGAUGUGCCUGGCAGGCAAUGAUUGCAAUAAAGGAAUGCAAACCUGUGUAUUUCAAUAAAACUGUUGUUUUGCA